CACUUUUUAAGCAUAGUUAAAACUCCCAUCCAAACAAAACGAAACCACCAAAAAAAAAAAAAAAGAAUGGUGAAAAACUAAAAAACCCUAAACAGAACUUUUUUGAUUCCAAUGGAGGAGACACAGCGAUGCCGCAUCUCCAACUCAUUCCGCCACCACCGACUUACCCGCAUCUGAGCCUACAUCAACGCGCCACCGUGCUAGAGCUCUGAAGCCCAAGGCCAGCUCCCUCUCACUAUAGCGCAUCAUAUCCACACGGCGUCGCUACUGCGUCGUCUUCCCCGACAGAUUUUGCCACUUGUUCUGCUUUUGCUCCGGCGGAUGUGAAGCACUCGGAGAACGGUUUGGGCAUAGACUCAGUGCCGAUGGCUGAGGAGAUCUGAGAGAAGAGCGAAACAGAGAGAUUCAGAGAGGAGAGAGAGCUCGCAUCGCCAUCAUCACUGCCGUCGCCACUGCGGUUUAUCGCCUCUCCAGAUCUGGUUGCAACGCCCAAGGCUCUGAGGAUGUUCCGUUACGACCUCCUCGACGAGACGCAGAACAAGCUCGAUUACAUCCUCUCUCUCACCGUCAAGAACUUGCUCGAGCGCUGCCUCCAUAUUCUCGUCUUCAAGUCUGGUAUAGCCAAGUCCAUUCACCAGCGCUACAUUAGUUUAGAAUCUAACUUCCUAAACAUUCAAGUAGCUCAAAAUUAAAGCCACAGAGGAGGUUGAUUAAGCUGGAGGCUUUGGAGAAAGUCAUCCAUGAAUGAAUAGAUGCUCCCGGAGCACCUAGGCAGUGGUGGUUUGGCGGGGGGACUGACUUGACUCCUUCUUACAUUUUCGAGGAGGAUGUUAAACAUUUCCAUUUGGUUAAACUUAAAGAACUUGAAGCUAAUCUGCUUGAGAAUAAGGCAAAUAAUUAGAAGUUGCAACACACCUACAACGAGCUGGUAGAAUAUAAGCUUGUUUUGGAGAAGGUAAGGUUUGCUAAGUACAACAAUAAUAGCUACAAAUUGCCAUCACCAAAUUCGAUAGGUUCUACUAUUUUUAAAUUAUAUGCAGAUUGUAAGUAUAGAUGGAAACAUUAUGCUUAGGCUCAACAGAGCAGUGGGUUGCUUCUUCGCGUGUUUCAGGAACAACGAUAACCAUCGUUGCCGCACUCAUCUGACCGCCAACUCUUAUAGUUCCACCGAUGUUCUGGUAUCUCGAAACAGCUAUUCCUCUGUGUUUCGAGCUCAAGAGAAAGAAGAUUGUGCAAUCAAUUGCAGUGAUGUUUUGGAAUUUCAGGGAGAUGACUUGGGGCUUAAGGAUGAGGCAUAUACGAGCGAGUUGCAGCUUAAAGUGGAUCACUUGCUGGAAAAGAAUGCAAAACUCAAGAGACAGCAACAAAAGGCAUGCAUCUUCAUUUUUAUACAUAAAUACACACAUUUUAGUUACUAGUGAUUUUGUUUGUUUAUGUUUAUGUUUCAAUAUUUCAUCAAGUGAACCUUAUAUUCAUUUAGUUCUUGCAAAAUGGAAUCUGGUUUAACUUUGUGCGUUUGUAUAGUGUGUUUCUAAUUUCUUAUCAUUGUACUACUUUAUCAUGGAACAAUCUAACAACUUGUAGCUUUGUGGCUUUGUGCUACUAUUCUCUGUGCAAAACAGCUGAAGAAAUGUUUAAUAACUCUAGAACUUAGAUGGUUUGUACAUUAUAGCUGUAAUUUGUAUAGUGUGUUUCUGGGAUUUGACUUUUAUCUCUGGGAUUUGACUCAUGUGGCAUUUGUAUAGUGUGUUUCUAGUUUCUUAACUUUAUUUGCGGUUGAAGAUAUGCUCUUCUAUCUAUUGAUGGUUAUGUCAUCUCAUGCAGCUACAUAGAGUAAUAUUCUAUAGUUAUAAUCUCUUCUAUAGUUA